GUUAGCCUCCCAUGGCCUCCCCUCAGAGGGUGUGCAGGCUGUGGGGAGAGGUGGGCGUGAAGAGAUUGCUCUUGUUUUUCUUAGAAGGCCACCAAUCCUUAAAAGGACCUUCUUCAUAUGACCUCAUUUAAGCUUAAUUACUUCCUAAACACCCUAUUUCCCAAUAUAGACACGAUGGAGGCUAGGGUUACCAGAUGAAUUUUUGGGGAGGACUCAGUCCACUGGAGAUGACAUUUAGGAGGCAACUGGAUCUUUGCUGACUCAGUUUUCGAUUACAUCAAGGAAUUACUGGGAGUAGCUGAGUACCACCAUGGAGGCCUGAAGAAUGGAGGGAGAGAGUAAGGAGAAGCUGGCAUCUGUGUCCAGUCUGGUGACCGUGUUUGAAAACAGCAGGACUCCAGGUGCAGCAUCCAGAGUGUGCAAGCUGGAGAUCGAACAUCACUGCCCUGGGGGCAGGGCUCCCCCACCUGCAGAGCCAUGGAAGGAGCCCAACCAUGGGGAGACCCUGCAGAGGUCCGAGCCCAGGAUGGUUAGCAGGCGGUACCUGAGCUCCCUGAAGAACAAGCUGUCCAGUGGGGCCUGGAGGAAAUCUUGCCAGCCUGGGACCCACGCUGGGCUAGGGACACAGGAGCCGGAGGAAAAGAGGAUCGUCCAGGAGCUCCUGGAGACAGAGAAGGCCUACGUGGCCCGCCUCCAUCUGCUAGACCAGGUGUUCUUCCAGGAGCUGCUGAGGGAGGCCCGUGCCAGCAAGGCCUUCCCCGAGGACGUGGUCAGGCUCAUCUUCUCCAACAUCUCCUCCAUCUACCAGUUCCAUGCACAGUUCUUCCUCCCGGAGCUGCAGCGGCGGCUGGAUGACUGGACAGCUACCCCCCGCAUCGGUGACGUCAUCCAGAAACUGGCCCCAUUCCUGAAGAUGUACAGUGAGUAUGUCAAAAACUUUGAGCGAGCGGCUGAGCUGCUGGCCAGCUGGACUGACAAGUCUGCCCCCUUCCAGGAGGUGAUCACCCGCAUUCAGAGCAGCGAGGCCUCCGGCAGCCUGACUCUGCAGCACCACAUGCUAGAACCUGUGCAGAGAAUCCCACGCUAUGAGCUGCUGCUCAAGGAGUACGUCCAGAAGCUGCCAGCCCAGGCUCCAGACCGGGCCGAUGCUCAGAAAGCACUGGACAUGAUCUUCUUGGCCGCUCAGCACUCCAACGCAGCCAUCACUGAGAUGGAGCGGCUGCAGGACCUGUGGGACGUGUACCAGCGCCUGGGCCUCGAGGAUGACAUAGUGGACCCCUCCAACACCCUGCUCCGCGAAGGUCCCGUCCUCAAAAUCUCCUUCCGCCGCAGUGACCCCAUGGAGCGCUACCUUUUCUUGUUCAACAACAUGCUGCUCUACUGUAUACCCAAGGUCAUCCAGGUGGGCGCCCAGUUCCAGGUGAGGACCCGCAUCGACGUGGCCGGAAUGAAGGUGCGGGAGCUGACUGAUGCGGAGUUCCCCCACUCCUUCCUGGUGUCAGGGAAGCAGCGCACUCUGGAGCUGCAAGCCCGGUCCCAGGAGGAAAUGAUUUCCUGGAUACAGGCCUGCCAAGCGGCCAUUGACCAGAUCGAGAAGCGGAAUGAAACCUUCAAGGCUGCGGUCCAGGGCCCUGAGGGAGACACCCAGGAGCAGGAACAGCUGCAGUCCGAGGAGCUGGGCCUCCGAGCACCACAGUGGGUCCGGGACAAGAUGGUGACCAUGUGCAUGCGUUGCCGGGAGCCCUUCAACGCCCUGACGCGCCGCCGGCACCACUGCCGCGCCUGUGGCUACGUGGUGUGCGCCAAGUGCUCCGACUACCGGGCUGAGCUCAAAUAUGAUGGCAACAGGCCCAACCGAGUGUGCUUCCACUGCUACACCUUCCUCACUGGAAACGUGCUCCCCGAGGACAAAGAGGACAAGAAGCGGGGCAUCCUAGAGAAAGGGUCCACGACAGGGUCCCAGCAAAGCAUCAUGUGCGGCUUCCUGCAGCUGGUUGGGGACAAGUGGGGAAAGAGCGGGCCCCGGGGCUGGUGUGUGAUCCCCCGGGACGACCCCCUCGUCCUCUAUGUCUAUGCUGCCCCUCAGGACAUGCGGGCUCACACCUCCGUCCCCCUGCUGGGCUACCAGGUGACUUCGGGGACCCAGGCUGACCCUCGGGUCUUCCAGCUGCAACAGUCAGGCCAGCUUUACACCUUCAAGGCUGAAACUGAGUUGCUGAGGGACCGCUGGGUGAAGGCCAUGGAGCGGGCGGCCAGUGGCUGGAGCCCAAGGGGGCCCAGUGAUGGAGACCUGUCCGACUGACCCCCAGCCGACCACUCUCCCCUUCAGAGCCCGGCUCCUGCCUGGGGCUGACCCUGUGGUGUCUGUGAUCCACUAUUCCAUGCUGAGCUUUCAAAUAACCAAUUUCCAGGGGCACCUGGCUGGCUCAGUCUGUAGAGCGUACAACUCUUGAUCUUGGGGCCAUAAGUUUGAGCCCUGCGUUGGGUAUAGAGAUUACUUUAAAAAAAAAAAAAUGAACUUUAAGAAACAAACAACCGAUUUCUAGUCAUUGGUGCCCAGACGGUGUAUCUUGAUCUGGGAUUCAGAAAAUGUGGGUCUCUUCCUUUGGGGAGGGGGUGACCAAGUAUCCCUGUUUGCCCAGGGCUGAGGGGUUUCCCGGGGUGUAGGACUUACAGUGCUAAUACCUGGAAAGUCCCAGAUAACCCAGGACUGUUGGUCACCAGUUCGGUUCGCCACUGGGCUGUACAUUAGCAUCACCUGGGAAGCUUCAAACAAAACAAAACAAAA